UUUGCAACUAAAAAUUGAAGUAAAAACAAGCGGGAAAAAAGAAGAAGAAAGUAACGCAUUUUCAAAAAGCAUUUAUUUGAAUUAAAAAAAAAGUUGUGAAAAAACAAUUAACUGAAACACACAGACAACAAAUUUAGAAACAAAAUGGUGGCAAUUGGUAUUGACUUGGGCACAACCUAUUCCUGUGUUGGUGUCUUCCAGCACGGCAAAGUAGAAAUUAUUGCCAAUGACCAGGGCAAUCGCACAACACCCAGUUAUGUGGCCUUCAACGAUUCGGAACGUUUGAUUGGAGAUGCAGCCAAAAAUCAGGUGGCCAUGAAUCCCAGCAACACCGUGUUCGAUGCAAAGCGUUUGAUUGGUCGCAAAUUUGAAGAUCCCAAAAUACAAGAUGACAUGAAACACUGGCCCUUCAAGGUGGUCAAUGAUUGUGGCAAACCCAAAAUCAGUGUGGAGUUCAAGGGCGAACAGAAGCGGUUUGCUCCCGAGGAAAUAAGCUCUAUGGUUUUGACAAAGAUGAAGGAAACGGCUGAGGCAUUUUUGGGUAAUACAGUAAGGGAUGCUGUCAUCACAGUGCCGGCCUAUUUCAAUGAUUCCCAGAGGCAGGCCACCAAAGAUGCUGGAGCCAUUGCGGGGCUUAAUGUUUUGCGUAUAAUCAAUGAACCCACCGCAGCCGCCUUGGCAUAUGGCCUCGACAAGAACCUGAAAGGAGAACGCAAUGUAUUGAUAUUCGAUUUGGGUGGUGGCACCUUUGAUGUAUCGAUUCUAACCAUUGAUGAGGGCUCCUUGUUUGAGGUACGAGCCACAGCUGGUGAUACCCAUUUGGGUGGUGAAGAUUUUGACAAUCGUUUGGUCAACUAUUUGGCUGAUGAAUUCAAAAGGAAAUACAAAAAGGACAUGAGAACAAAUCCAAGGGCCUUGAGGCGUCUACGUUCAGCAGCGGAGAGGGCCAAACGCACUCUAUCGUCCAGCACUGAGGCCACCAUUGAAGUGGAUGCCCUGUUUGAGGGCAUUGAUUUCUAUACAAAGGUGAGUCGGGCCCGCUUUGAGGAAUUGUGUGCCGACUUGUUCCGCAACACCCUGCAGCCGGUGGAAAAGGCUCUCAACGAUGCAAAAAUGGACAAGAAUCAAAUCCAUGAUAUUGUUCUGGUGGGUGGUUCAACACGCAUACCAAAGGUCCAGAAUUUGUUGCAACAAUUCUUCUGUGGCAAGACAUUGAAUUUGUCCAUCAACCCCGAUGAGGCUGUGGCCUAUGGUGCUGCCAUCCAAGCGGCCAUAUUGAGUGGUGACAAGAGCAGUGCCAUACAAGAUGUCUUACUCGUGGAUGUGGCUCCUCUCUCGUUGGGCAUUGAGACGGCUGGUGGUGUUAUGACCAAGUUAAUUGAACGCAACACCAGGAUUCCCUGCAAGCAGACCAAAACCUUUACCACAUAUGCCGACAAUCAACCGGCUGUAACCAUUCAGGUCUUUGAGGGUGAACGUGCCAUGACCAAGGACAACAAUCUUUUGGGUACCUUCAAUUUGACCAGCAUUCCACCGGCUCCACGUGGUGUGCCCAAGGUAGAUGUUACCUUUGACUUGGAUGCUAAUGGCAUAUUAAACGUCACCGCCAAGGAGAUGAGCACUGGAAAUGCGAAGAAUAUUGUCAUCAAGAACGACAAGGGACGCCUGUCACAAGCCGAAAUAGAUCGCAUGGUUAAUGAGGCCGAGAAAUAUGCUGCCGAAGAUGAGAAACAUCGCCAACGUGUUGAGGCCCGUUACAAAUUGGAAUCGUAUGUUUUCAGUGUCAAACAAACACUGGAAGAUGCUGGCGACAAGAUUCCCCAAUCCGACAAGGAUCGUCUGAUGGAAAAGUGUAAUGACACCAUAAAAUGGCUGGAUAACAAUACCAUGGCUGAAAAGGAGGAAUUUGAAUAUAAAAUGGAAGAGCUGAGUAAGAUUUGUUCACCUGUUAUGACGCGUAUGCAUCAGCAGGCAAACGGUGGUGGCAGCGGCGGUUCCAGUCAUGCCAACGGUUAUGGUGGAGGUCAUUCAGGACCCACCGUAGAGGAAGUUGAUUAAAUUGCCAAGGGAGGAUGAUAACCAAAGCUUUAUUCUUAAGCAUAGCUUUAGCAAACAUUCCUGAAGUUCAAUUGCUUUAACAGUUUACGAAGUAUCUCAUAGAGUAUUGUAAACGAUCCAAACAUGCACAUGUACUUAUAUUAAGU